AUGCCGACUGCAUGUGCUGAGAAAGAUAUAUCCUCAAAACAGAUAAGGAUCGCUCCUCCCAACAAGGCUGCAGCCUCACGGUUCAUCUUAUCACGGCGGGUUUUUUCUCGCCUCACCGACUGGCAGCCCCCGUUUCCACGAUCAUGUCUGAUGGGUGUAUUUAUUCUCCCAAAGAGCAAGAUUGUGAGACCGCUACCAUGCUUCCGUAGUACUCAUCGAAUAAGAUCUGUUGCAGAGUCGAUCCUUCUCCGUUUCGCAGCACGCAGCACAAGCUGGUGGUCGGGCUUUUCCGCUGAAAACUUAUUAGCCAGAGAUGAGAAAGGGAAAUUAUGGUAUGUGUCAGUGAAAAGCCAUGGCCAGCCUCGCUGCCUGACGGUGUAUAUUUGCUUCUUAUCCGUUAUUGUCUCUCACAACGCUGGGGGCAUUACCUCGAACAUCCGCGUACGGUACAUACCAGGCCGCAUUUCAAUUCAAAAUUACCGAUCCCAAGCACCAACUUUCCAGGAAAAGCCAGACAGCCACACCCCGCAUUUUGAAUGCAAUUGCCUGCUAGCGGCGUGUGCAGCGACUGGGCUCCAAUCAUCCUGGAGUUGGGUGGGAGGCCAGGUCUCCCCAGGUCGGGCUGGCCAAAAGCGUGAUGGCGGCUCCCAAUCACUGGCAACCAUGGAAAACCGGUGUGGAACAAAAGGGCUGCUUGUCAAUGCUGGAACUGCCAGUCUGCAGCGUGUGUGGGAGAUGGAUGGAUGCGCCAGCAAACGACAAGUUGGAUCUUGUUGCAUCUUUCGAGCGGGAAGAUGGAUUCUGCCCUUAUUCUUCGGCAGGAGCGUGAAUUCUUCUGUAGAAAUUGAAGACCAACUCCUCCCGCUGUCCUCUGGACCGAUCCAUGAAUACGAAUGCUACGUUUUAGCCACCUGA